CUUACAUCUCGCGAUAUGGAUGGGUUGGCAGUCCAGACAGAGGCUGGACAUCGUCUUCUCGCACGAUACCGCAGGACUCAGAACAGUACGGAUCUUGACCAAUCCAUAGACCACUUUGAACGGGCCUCGGAUCUCUGCCCCGUGGAUCAUCCCUACCGCCCUGCAGCACUGUUCAAUCUAGCCAUGGCGAAGUUUAUCAGUUGCCAAGCUAAUGGAAGAUACUUCGACCUCAGGAUACCUAUCUCUCUGUUUCAAGACGCACUUGAUUUACGUCCCACUGGUGAUCCAGACCGACCCACGACCCAAUUCCAUCUUGCCAUUUCUCUGCUCUCUCGCUUUGCGAGGCGGAAAUUACAAACAGAUGCGGACACAGCUCAAGAGUUACUGAGCGAAGUGCUUGAUGGCUGCCACGCCGACAGCCACAUUUACGGGGCAGCUUUAAUUGCAAUCGAAACAUCCGCUCUACAUUCUGCUAGAAGUCUGGAUGCAAAUGGUCUUCUGGAGGAGUGGCCUGCUGGAUUCAUGUUUCCGUUAUCGCCGAAUCAACUCCUUGAUCGAGUAGAGAGGUGUUUGAAGAGAGAUGAACCGCGUGACUUAGAUGAAGUGAUAUCCCUUCAUUAUGAUGCACUGGGAUACAGCAAUAUGGGAGAUGCUUACCGAGGGCCAUUGCUAGCUAAUCUAGCUGCAAUGCUGGAAACUCGCUUCAAGCGUCGAGGCAACGAGGAAGACUUGGACCAUGCUAUCACACUUAACACGGAAGCGCUGGCCUUGCUCCCGGUCGGUCACACAAAACGGUCCGCAGCAUUAAAUGACCUCGCGAUUGUACUCUCCUCCCGCUUUCAGCACCGAGGCAACGAGCAAGACUUAGGUCAGGCUAUCGCACUUCUCAGGGAAGCGCUGGCCUUGCGCCCGGUUGGUCACACAGAUCGGUCCAUGUCAUUAGGCAACCUCGCGAGCGUACUCUCCUCCUGCUUUCAGCACCGAAGCAACGAGGAAGACUUGGAUGAGGCUAUCGCACUUUACAGGGAAGCGCUGGCCUUGCACCCGGUCGGUCACCAAGAUCGGUUCAGGUCAUUAAAUAACCUCGGGAAUAUACUCUCCUCCUGCUUUGAGCACCGAGGCAACGACGAAGACUCGGACCAGGCUAUCGCACUUCACAGGGAAGCACUGGCUUCGGUCCCGGUCGGUCACAAAGAUCGGUUCAUGUUAUUAAGUAACCUUGCGACUCGACUCUCCUUCCGCUUUGAGCACCAAGGCAACGACUAUGACUUAGAUCAGGCCAUCGCACUUCAGACGGAAGCGCUGGCCUUGAUCCCGGCCGAUCACGCAGGUCGAUCCUAUCAACUAGACCUUCGCGCGCAAGCUGUAUCC